AUGGCAUAUGUUAAGGUUGUUAAGAAUAAGGCGUACUUUAAGAGGUACCAAGUGAAGUAUAGGAGGCGACGAGAGGGCAAGACUGAUUACCGAGCGCGCAAGGCCCUGAUCCUGCAGGAUAAGAACAAGUACAACGCACAGAAGCUUCGCUUUGUGGUGCGCAAGACGAACUGCCAAAUCAUAUGCCAGAUAGCCAGUGCACACAUUGAAGGUGAUAAAAUAUUGGCAGAGGCUAAAUCAAAGGAGCUAGUCCGAUAUGGAAUUCCAGUAGGAUUAAAAAAUUACGCAGCUGCCUACGCCACAGGGUUAUUAUGUGCAAGAAGAUUUUUGAAGUCGCUCAAUCUCGACACGCAAUUUCUUGGGGUGCAAAAACUGACAGACGAUAUGAAUGAAAAUAAUGAGGAUAAGGAGGAUGAUGAAGAGAGAAAACCGAUUAAAGCAUUCCUAGAUGUUGGUAUUACAAGAACGACAACAGGAAAUCGAGUCUUUGCUGCAUUGAAAGGUGCAUGUGAUGGAGGAUUGAAUAUUCCUCAUGGCACUAAUAGGUUCCCUGGAUCAAAAAAUGAAUUUAAUCCUGAACAGUUAAGAAAAAACAUCUUGGGUAUUCACGUGGCUGAGUACAUGAAGACGUUACAAGAAGAGGACAUGGACAAAUACAAAACGCAUUUUAAUGAAUACAUAAAAAAUAAAAUCGAUGCAAAUAAUAUUGAACAAAUGUACCUGAGUGCUCAUGAAAAAAUAAGAAAAAAUCCCGAAAAGGUUCAGAAGAAAAAGGAUAAGGUGAAGAAAUUUGUAGCUAAGCAUGACAAACCCAAGAAGCUUAAUGCCAAGCUCAGGAAGAAGCGCGUCAAGGAAAAGUUGGCCAAGUAUGUAGAAAAGUUGCAGUGA